UUGAAUUUUCAGGCUGAUCUUGUGAAAACAUUAGUGCGAGCAGGCAAGACGUUGCUGGAUCACGGGGCUGUUAUUGAGGGUGUUGAAUCUCAAUUGGGCUCUCGGAUUUGCCAUACAAACGGAUUGCAAAGCAGACUCAUGAACCCCUUUUUCCUAUUCCGCACACAUAUGUCCACAAAAGCCAGGGAUACCACGAAGUCGAUUUUCACUCAUGAUCUUGACAUGGUCCAUGUUGCGGUUGUUCCUGUCACUACACCAAAACCUGAAAAAUGUAAUCUGGAAGAAAUCUUGAAGCCUCCCGCAAAACGGUCAGUAACUUCGGUGGAAGGCCAGAAAAUGGGUCACUUCACCCGUCAGAUGAUCUACAAGCGGACAGAAAAAGAAUGGAAGAGCAUUCCGAAGAGUUGGGCUAUCGCUCCUCAGCGACCGUAA